ACUGCGCACGCGCACUCGGCCCAGUGACCUGCGCAGACGCAGUGCUCAGCUUCCGGUCGCCAAGGUGGGGCGCAGAGCACACGCCAUGUCUUGCUUCAGCCGCUCUAAGUACAAGACCGGGGACCUGGUGUUUGCCAAGCUAAAGGGCUAUGCCCACUGGCCGGCGAGGAUCGAGCACGUCGCUGAACCCAACCGCUACCAGGUGUUCUUCUUCGGGACCCACGAGACGGCCCUGCUAGGCCCCAAGCACCUGUUCCCUUACGAGGAGUCCAAGGAGAGGUUCGGCAAGCCCAACAAGAGGCGCGGCUUCAGCGAGGGGCUGUGGGAGAUUGAGCACGACCCUAUGGUCGAGGCCUCCCCUUGCCUGGGCUCAGAGGAGGAGCAGCCCUGUGACCAGGGACCCGGGCAGGGGGAGGAGCCCGAGGAGCUGGAGGAGCCUGAUGAGCCCGAGGAGCCGAAGGAGCCCAGCCAGGAGCUGGAGCCCCGGUCCCUACCUGACCUGGAGCCAGAGCCGGGGCCUGAGAGCGAGUGUGAGCAGGAGCCGGAGCCACGGCCUGCCUAUGGCCUGCUGGACGCCGCGGAGGAAGAGCCAGGCCUUGCCGAGGCCGAGCCAGGAGAUGAGGAGGCCGAGCCAGGAGAUGAUCAGCAGGCUGAGCAGGUGCCAGAGCAGCAGGCUGAGGCCGAGGCCGAGGAGCCAGGGCGUCUGAAGAGGAGCGCGGAGGAGCAGCCGCAUGAUCCCCCCAAACGGCCCAGGGAGGCGGCGCCCGGCGGCCCACUGGAGAUGGAGCCGGCUGGAGAGCGCGAGGCUGAGGCCUGCCCCGUCAUGGAGGAGCCUGACCAAGCCCAGGCGCAGCAGCCUUCGCUGGAGGAGGAGGCCACAGAGGAGGCGGUCCAGGCCCUGAUUGGUGGAGAAAUCGAAGGCCUGUAGUCACGGUGUCUGUAGAAGAGCCCUCUACCCCUUCCUGAUGCCACCUGGCUGUGGCUGGCAAAACCCACUAGGGCCCAGUCCUCACCCCAGCCCACCUCUCCUUCAUUUACUCACCUUCUCCAAGCCUGAAUUCCUGGAAUGGGUCAGGCCACUUGACAUCAACUUCGUGGCUUCAGUUGCAGGCCCCUUCCCUCCCUAAACUCUUAAGGGCGUUUUGGAUCUCUGCCUGGAUUCCAGGAGUGAAGGGGGUGGAGGAGAGAGAGCAAAGGCAACUUUCAACGGUCUGGGAGGGGCGGUCUCUAAACUGGUGAUGUUGGUCCUGUGGGGGCGGGAGCAUAGUCUCCUUGAGUUCCUGUCUCUUCCUCCCAUAGCUCUAUUCCCAGUUUUAUAGGAUCGAAGGAAAGUGACUGGGGGGAGGAGGACUCAGUAAAGUUUUCUGUUAUCAUAGGCAGUUGGAGGUUGCCCUUUUUCGUUUCGUUUUUCAUUAAACCAUUUGGGGCUCUCUAGCUGUAAGACGUGAAGACUUUGCCUGCCCUUUUUGGUAGAAGUGGUGAGACAUUAUCCUCACUACAUCUCUUGGACCACUGAUGGAUACCGUUUCGGAGACCUCUGCUGCCCCUUUCAGUCGACCUUGGAGCCCCAGGGCCUUCAAUAAUAUAUAUCACUAGGACAUAACACUUUAGGAACCACCGUUAUUUUAAGAGGAAUUUUAUUCUGUUUAGAAAAACCGUUGGUUGUGCCUGCUCCUAAUUUUUCCUGUGGCCAGUGUCAUUAUCAAAUGAACCGGGAAUUUCCUUUUUGUUUGGGAUUUGAUGACCUCGUUGUUAGGGCUUUUUUUUUUUUCUUUUCUUUUUUUAAAAUUUCCAUCUACAUACCACCACCUGGGCCCCUCAGUGUUGUCACCUACUGCAAUGUAAUGUACUGAGAAGUUGAGUGUCCCUUCCCAACAUCUGUCUCUGUACCUUUGUACCUGGACCCUUUGGGCCCUGCACUUUUCCCUUGGGCUCUGAUGAAAAAUUUUAACUAUACUUUUGGAGGUUAGGUCUGAGAACCGUAGACUAUUUCAGUUCUAGGAAAUAAAACCGUUGAUUACUUUAAAGCAAA